UCUUCUGAGCCAACACUGUCCUGUAUCUCAGAUGUUUUGUCAGGCACUAAACAAAAUACUAGCAAAAAUUAUGGCACCUCUUUUGGCUCCUCUUCUCUCCUAGCAUCAUCAAACCACCCAUUCGCUACUUAUUCAACUACCUCUGCCCCAAUCGCCGUCACUAUCGCCCCCACGACUACCUUCUCCUCGGCGAGACUUAAAGAUGACAUCCCUUUUCAUGCACCCUCCGAGCCAAAUCGUUUAGUUAACUCUAUUGCUCUUGGCCCCCAAAUAGCCGAUGUUGCCGUCGAUUCGAAAACCUUUGCAGAUGCGAACCUGUCUUCGACUAGUGGUCUCCACUCGCCACAGCCAAAGCGAAUCUCUCACGCCCGUGAGAAGUACAAACGACAGCGUGUGGAACUGUCUUCCACCUCGGGCGCCUAUCGAAAUUCGCCUAUCUCCGAUGGUGAUUCGGUCGGCAGUGGUAUUCACCAUUCCCAUGACUCCGUCGACACGGAGGAUUUUCUUUCGAAGACUUCACUUUCGAACCAGUUCUCCAAUUCACCUCCGAAUCUUCUCUUAUCUCUACCAGCUACUUCAUAUUUACCUUCUCCUAGUCCAACUCACAUGGAUCCAGAGCACUCUUCGGUGAUACAAACGAUCGCUAAGCUAACCAACGGACAAAUGGAGGGCGCGGCCAGAGAAGACCUUGAUCGAGGUGAGCUGCUGGUCUAG